CCUAGAAAAAUGUUUUAUUUAAAACCUCUACCCUUUAACUAUUUUAAACUUAAGAAAUCGUUGAUUUACAGGUCAAUAUCAGGUUUGAAUAUUUGGAAUGAAGAUUUAACACCUGAAAUUAAGCAUAAAAUAGAAAAUCAUUGGCGGAAUAAGUUGCCAGUGGAAAAGUACAAUGAAAAGAGCAAUAAGGAAAAGUAUUAUGUGCUGUCAAUGUUCCCGUACCCCUCUGGCCAUCUGCACAUGGGCCAUGUCAGGGUGUACACAAUCAGCGAUUCAGUUGCUCGAUUCCAGAAAAUGAAUGGUAAAAAUGUGAUACAUCCAAUUGGUUGGGAUGCAUUUGGAUUGCCGGCUGAGAAUGCAGCUGUUGAAAGAAAUGUUGCGGCAAGUGAUUGGACUUAUGAGAAUAUCAAAUAUAUGAAGGAACAGUUGAAGCAAUUGGGGACGAGUUUUGAGUGGGACAGAGAGUUGGCCACCUGUGAUCCAAAAUACUAUAAGUGGACUCAAGAGUUGUUUUUGAAACUGUAUGAUGCAGGAUUGGUCUAUCAGAAACAGGCAGAAGUGAAUUGGGAUCCAAUAGAUCAGACUGUACUGGCUGAUGAACAGGUGGAUGAGAAUGGAAAAUCUUGGAGGUCUGGUGCUAAGGUGGAGAAGAAAUCAUUGAGGCAGUGGUUCGUGAAAACGCGGAAGUUCGCUAAAAGCUUAUUGGAUGGAUUGGAUGAUCCCAGUUUGAAAGAUUGGAGGGAUAUCACUAAACUACAGAAGCACUGGAUUGGAGAGUGCAAUGGGAUUUCCCUUGAUUUCUCACUGGUGGGGAGGAAAGAUGAUUUUUUGAGCAUGUGGAGCGACAAGCCGGAAUACAUGGAACAUGCGGCUUUUAUAGCUGUGAGAAAGGCUUCGCAAUUUGGAGCGAGCGCAGGAAGCGAUUUGGACGCAAGCACGAGAUUGUUGGAUUUAAAAGCCGUUAAUCCGUUGAACGGGAAAGAGAUUCCAAUCUUGGCUACGGACUCUUUGGAGUAUCAAGAAUCUUGUGACACUUACUUAGGUAUUCCGAUGGUGAAUUCAGCAGAUAAACAGUUUGCGGAUAAUUUCAAUUUAAGCUACGAACGAAAUGGAGAACCAGACAUUGAUAAGGCUAAGAGUAAAGGUUUUGUUAGCAGCGCGAAGCUUCGCGAUUGGUUGAUAUCUCGUCAGAGGUAUUGGGGCACGCCCAUUCCCAUCAUCCAUUGCGAUAAGUGCGGACCUCAGCCAGUACCUAGAGAACAGUUACCAGUAAAGUUACCAGUAUCGACGAGUACGACUAAAACUGGAUCUUUGCUAGCCCAAAACGAAGAAUGGUUGAAGACGGAGUGUCCGAAAUGCGGAGGCGCAGCGAAACGCGAAAGUGAUACAAUGGAUACGUUCGUGGACAGCACAUGGUAUUUUCUGAGAUAUUUGAAUCCGAAUUACGAGAAGGAUAUGUUCGAUGUUGAAAGGGCUAAGACCAUGUUUCCUGUUGACUUGUAUAUCGGCGGCAAAGAACAUGCGGUUUUGCACUUGUAUUACGCUCGGUUUAUAAGUCAUUUUCUGCAUUCGUUGGGUUUACUGCCGGAGAGGGAACCAUUCAAGCGGUUAUUGGUCCAGGGCAUGGUGAUGGGACGGAGUUUCAGAGUUAAAGGAACCGGGCAAUAUUUGCACGAAUCCAUGGUUAAUAUUAUUAAUGUUAAGAAAAAUAAAGCAGAGAAAAAGGAAACGGGUGAACCUGUUACGAUGCAGUGGGAGAAGAUGAGUAAAAGCAAACAUAACGGAGUCGAUCCUUCGGAUAUGUUUAAGGAAUAUGGAGUGGAUACUACGAGGUUGCUUAUACUCGCAGAUGUUGCUCCAACGUCUCAUAGAAAUUGGAACAGUAACACAUUUCCGGGUAUUUUGGGCUGGCAACGGCGGUUAUGGUUGACGGUGGGAGAUUUCAUCAAGCACCGUACGGCAAUGCCCGAAAUCUCGUCCCAAGACGAAUUUCGAGCGCAGGAGGACUACAUGUUUGACUCCAGGAAUUACUAUGUAAAGGGAGCUACGUUCAAUUAUUGCGACUCGCAGCAGAUCAGUGUCGCCAUUUCCAAGAUGCAGGGACUAACCAAUAGCCUCAGGAGAGCGCCGCCUUCAGUAUUCGCCCGAGGACACCAGUUCGAAAGGGCGCUGGCCUGCCAAAUCAUAUUACUGGCACCGAUCGCUCCGCAUUUCGCUUCCGAACUUUGGUCGGGAUUCCUUUCUGCGCCCAACAGACUUAAUCAAUCCAACGAAAUCGAUUGGAACGCCAAUAUCCUUAAGCAAACCUGGCCCGACAUUGAUUACGAAUAUAAUUUGGAUCUAGUCUUUCAGGUGAACGGGUGUGAGAAUGCAGUGAUGAAGUUUCCACGAAAAGAGAUCGAGAUGUUGUGCAAGGACGAGGCCAUAGCUUUGGCCUUCGAACAAAAGGAAGUUCAGGAGACCCUGAAGAGAAGGACAGUAUUGGAUGUUCAGUAUGUGAUGCAUAAGGGAUACGAGAGUGUUGUGAACAUAAUAACGACAAAUCCGCCGCCAAAGAACGGUCAAAAGAAUGAAAUGGUCGGGGAGAUCAGUUGAUGAUUGAAAUUAAAGAAUCGUUUGCUCUGUUAAC